AUGGCUGUCAAGGAGAUACCAGCAUGCGUUAGCAAUGUUGUGAUGGUCAUGAAGAGUGACCGGCUUCUAAUCAAAGGAGGAAAAAUUGUCAACGAUGAUCAGUCAUUUUAUGCAGACAUAUAUGUGGAAGAUGGUUUAAUAAAACAAAUCGGAGAAAACCUGGUUGUUCCUGGUGGUAUAAAGACAAUUGAUGCCUACAGCCAGAUGGUGAUGCCAGGGGGGAUAGACGUCCAUACCAGACUGCAGAUGCCUGUCAUGGGGAUGACCUCUGCUGAUGACUUCUACCAAGGCACGAAAGCAGCCCUGGCAGGAGGAACCACAAUGAUCAUUGACCACGUCUGCCCGGACGUUGGGACGAGCCUCCUGGCUGCCUACGAGCAGUGGCGCGGGAGCGCCGACAGCCAGGCCUGCUGCGAUUACUCGCUGCACAUCGACAUCCCUCGCUGGCACGAAAGUCUGAAGGAGGAACUGGAAGCCCUGGUGAAGGACAAGGGUGUGAACUCCUUCCUGGUUUUUAUGGCCUACAAAGACAAACUUCAGUGCACUGAUGCCCAGAUGUAUGAAAUAUUUUGCAUUAUUCGAGACCUGGGGGCCAUUGCCCAAGUGCAUGCUGAAAAUGGAGACAUCAUCGAUGAGGAGCAAAAGAGGCUGCUGGAACUCGGGAUUACCGGGCCAGAAGGGCAUGUUCUCAGCCGCCCCGAGGAGGUGGAAGCGGAGGCAGUGUACCGUGCAAUUACCAUCGCGAAACAAGCCAACUGCCCCUUGUACAUCACCAAAAUAAUGAGCAGAGGUGCAGCAGAUGUGUUAGCUCAAGCAAAGAGAAAAGGCACAGUUGUGUAUGGAGAGCCCAUUACCGCCAGCCUGGGCACCGACGGGUCGCACUACUGGAGUAAGAACUGGGCCAAAGCUGCAGCCUUCGUCACGUCUCCCCCCGUCAGCCCAGACCCCACCACGCCGGAUCAUCUCACCUCCCUCUUGUCCUGCGGGGACCUGCAGGUUGCAGGCAGCGCUCACUGCACCUUCACCACCGCGCAGAAGGCAGUGGGGAAAGACAACUUCACCCUCAUCCCCGAGGGAACCAACGGCAUCGAGGAGCGGAUGUCGAUAAUUUGGGAAAAGUGUGUGGUCUCCGGGAAGAUGGACGAGAACCAUUUUGUAGCAGUGACCAGUACCAACGCUGCCAAGAUCUUCAACUGCUACCCCAGGAAGGGGCGUGUCGCUGUGGGCGCUGACGCGGACUUGGUUUUGUGGAACCCCAAGGCUACUAAAAUCAUCUCAGCAAAAACCCACAAUCUGAAUGUGGAGUACAACAUAUUUGAAGGCACAGAGUGCCACGGGGUUCCUACUGUGGUCAUAAGUCAAGGAAGAGUUGUUCUUGAAGAUGGAAACCUGUUUGUCACCCAGGGGUCAGGUCGCUUCAUUCCUAGAAAGACAUUCCCUGAUUUUGUUUAUAAAAGGAUAAAGGCAAGAAACAGGCUGGCUGAAGUCCACGGUGUCCCCAGAGGGCUGUAUGACGGACCGGUCCACGAUGUCCUCACGAGUGCCAAAGCCAUGGCCCCCACCCCGGCGUCCAGGAUUGUGCCCUGUGCAGGCAAAGCCCAGGCUCCUCCCGUGCGCAACCUCCACCAGUCGGGGUUCAGCUUGUCUGGGUCGCAGGCAGACGACCACAUUGCCAGACGCACGGCUCAGAAAAUCAUCGCCCCGCCGGGUGGACGGUCCAACAUCACCUCGUUGUCCUGACGGCCCCCGC